ACGUGCAUUUUCUGCGCGCGUCAGUGCCGUGUGGAGACAUAAAAAUAAUAAUUUAUAUAAUUUUGCAAGUCUCUUCGAAAUUACAAUAACAGCACAUAAACGCUAGCGCUCGAUCAGUCUUCGGAAUGUUAAGAAGUCACAGGUAGAGGUCCCAAGCCCCACUUUCCCUCUAAUCUGUCAUUCUAUAAUGUUUCUGAAAACGGUUCCUCCUGCGGUGGCAGUUCACUCAGAAUGGAGGUCCGGUAAGAGCUUGAAACUACCACUUUGCUUCAAUGAUAGUACUUCAGACAGUGACUUUAUAUCUUCCAGCGGAACCCCCAUCCCGCACAAAGUCCAGAUGAUCAUUGACAGCCUCUGCAGCACACAGUCCUCAGAAAUGAGCAGUGAGGUCAACGCUAGUGCCCAGUCUGCCCUCAACCUGUCCAAGCCAUCAUGUGGUGGCCACAAGUCUUGUCACAUGGACACACUAGCAAGGUCUCGACAAACUGUAACAGACAGCAGUAAGCUUCAUGCAUCUGGCUCUGAUGCCACAGAAGGUUCAGACAGUGAUGAUUCAGUUGAUCGAGGGAUUGAAGAGGCCAUCCAGGAGUACCUGAAGGAGAAAGUGGACCACAAGUAUAAAAGGGAGCCAAUGGAGAUCCCAAUACAGACACUUAAAGUUCAGCAGGGAGGCAGUUGUAUGCUAGAUGCAUCUAAACAGCUUCUGCAUCCCACACAGGUGCUAAGCCCUAGCAACCAUACCCUGAAAGGUUCAGCAGGAAUACAGCCAUUGGUAACCUUGAAGAAAAAGAAAAAAACAAUGGAGAACCCAUUUGGAAAAACAGGUGCUGCUAAAGCCUUGGUUACAAAACCUUCACCUGGAGCACCUUCCUAUUUGCCACAAGUGGAUUGUACACCACCUUCACUCAGAAUAAAAGGGGAGGAGGAAGAUUUAAUGGAUUCAAGCAGUGAUGAUGGCAUUGAAGAGGCCAUACAGAAGUUUCAGCAAGAAGAAAAGGAGCGUCACGAGGGCUUGAAGUACUUUCAGCUGAAGGAGGUGCUGGAUUCUAGCAGUGACGAUGGCAUUGAGGAGGCCAUCCGUAACUACCAACAGGAAAGGCAGAAGGAAAAGGAACACAAACUUCACACAAAGCAAAGGUGCUUGAUAGCUGAUCACAUCAGUGUUAAGCCUGUUAAAAAACUAGCCAAGAAGAAGAACAAAAAGAAAAAUUCAGUGGAACCUAAAGAAGUUAAGUGUGCUUCACCUAAGCCUCUAGGCCUGCCUCUUAUCAUGUUGCCUACAUCUUGCCUGAAGGCCAGUAGAGAUUCACUGUCCUCCACUAGAGCUGAAGAGCCACAGGAUGGGCGGCAAAUUCACUCCACGCUCACUGUCAAUACCACUGCUGAGCUGAUGUGUGCCGAGGCCAUCUUGGACAUCUCCAAGACUGUCAUGCCUGCAGCAUUUGAGCCCACCUUGGACGUGGCCAGUACUCCUUCAACAGAGACAUCAUCUUUCCUUCCCACUGGUGUUUCGCUGCAGCAGUAUGAAAAUGAUGAGACCUCUGUGGACAGCGAAGAUGGAAUUGAGCAAGAGAUUCGUAAAUUUCUGGAGCUUAAAGCAAAGCUGCAUGAACAGGCAACCAUAACUGAGUACCCUGAAAUAUCCACAGUCACUAAAGACCCACAACACAUUAAAGUUGAGGAGGAUCAGACCAAAGCACUGAGAUUGUCCUUCUCACGGAAAAGAAAACGGAAAGAAGAUGACAAGAGUUGUAAACAAGGAAUUGCUUGUAAUACAUUGAAGUCAACUGAAGGGACUCAACUGAAGUCCCUAACCAAGAGUGAUUUCUCUCCUGUUACAUGGUGCAUGUGUAGCCAAAAAACAGUAAAGAACAGCAACCCUGCACAGAACUCUCCCCAUCAUAACAUUAAAGAAGAAUCCACAUCCAUUAACAAGGGUUCUAGCCAUGGAACCAGCCUCCCACAGUCUUUUAUUGGCUCUGAGAGGAAUUACAGCAGUGAUAAGAGCAGCUCAUUGGACAGUGAUGAGGAUCUUGAUGCAGCAAUAAAGGAUUUGCUCAAGACAAAGAAAAAAGUAAAAAAGAAAGUCAGGGACAUGAAACUCAAGGCACGAAAGUGCCAUAAAUCCAUGCAACUACCAGGUACUGACACCUUAAAAAAACACAAAUCUGUCAAAGAUCACAAAUUGGUUCUUGCAACUAAACCCAUGAAAUCUAAUUCUAUGAAAAGCAGCAAAGGGCUGAGGAUCAUACCCAGACAGGACAAAGGUGCUAAACCUAAAGGUUUGAAGUCACAGAGCAACAAGAAACCUAAAGUCUCCACAAAGGAAGGCCAAGGCUCUGGAUCCAAGGUGGUAGUCCAUGGCAUCCAGUCUACACAUGUCGAUGAGGACAGCAGCUCUGUGGACAGUGAUGACAGCAUCGAGCAAGAGAUCCGUAGGUUCUUGGCUGAGAAAGCAAAAGGGUCUUCUACACCACUGACUACAGUGAAGCAGGAUAAUGCUGGAGGUGCAGAAGAAGCUGCCUUCAGUACAUUUGGAGAGAAAAAUGCUAAAACAGAAGAGCUUCAGACAGAGUCUUCUGAUCUCACAAGUGUUUCGUUGAACAUCGACCCAAAUCAGGAAGGGCUAACACAGGGCCCUGCCAUGAACAUUAAGGGGCAAGCAUCAUCAUUUGCCAACUCUUGCAGUUUGGAAGAGGAGAGGAAGGGUGAUCAAUUGCAUGAGAGGACUUUGCAUGAGUGCAGUAAUAUCAGCUUAGACACCGACAAAGAUUGGGAUCAAAAGGUAAUAGGAAAGUUCACAAACAGAACAAAUUCUGAACCAUUUGUUAUUCAUGUAACUGCCCCACAGGAGCCCAAGGCAGAAGCGCAGCACUGUAACCUAUUUCUGAUGAAUCAUGAUAACUGCAGUAUAAGUACAACUAGGGAAAAAUCAGCAGCAGACCUGUCAAGCAGCUUGCAGAACAGGAGUAGAAUUCCUCUUAUAGAGGUUAUCAGCACUGUGUGUUCCUCCCCCCCCUCAACAGGGAAACACUUCCUUAGUUCCUCUUCAGAGACUCUCAUGGUUGCCAAUGACAAUUGCCAGGAAAGUUCUGCUGAGAGCAGGUCAGAUUCAUUCAAUUUGUACAAUUGGGAAAGGAAAGGGCAAUGGGACCAACCACCUAAUCUGACCUCUAACACCAGACACACGUCCUCAAACUCUGCACACCUAUCCUGGCACUUGCCUCCUUACCCAUCUCACCUUUCAUGUGUCCCCCUGCCCCUCACCCUAUCCCAGCCACGUGCUGGUGCCAACUUGGUACACCUGCGCAAGGAUCAGGCCUCAGUUGUAUCUCUGUCAGCUCACAAGUCCAAUCAUCUGCAGCUUAGAAAUGCACAAAACGAUACCAGAAAAAUGAGUGAAGGGAGGGCGGAGGAGCAAGAGAGGUGCAUAGAUGAGACAGAUGUAGAAUCAGGUGAAGAGAGGACAGAUAAGAGACAGCAGCAGUGCACCCAAUCUCUGUCCACCUCUAUUGAUCCAGGUGUACUUCUCAGUCCCUACAUUGCCCUCAACACAGAGGAAAGGAGCCAUAAAUUCAGACACAAUAAGCAGAUGAUGACCAGCCUCCCUGUAAGAAGAAAAGAAAAGGUGCAGCGCUGGACCUACUGUUUGGAGAGACCUUCGAAGUGAAAGCA